UCUAGUUUACAUCAUUCCCAAGAUUGAUGAACAUUUAUGAACAUUGUAUCCAAUCAACGAACAUUUCAGUGCGAAUAAAAAAAUGGUGAACAACAAACAAAAUUUUAGGUAAUUUAAAAAAAAAAAAAAAAUCAGGAACAGGUCAAUGAAAUUUAUAGUAAGAUGAAAAUCCGUUGACUUUUAAAAUCGUGAUAAGAACCAGCUAAUAAACUUCAAAUAAUAUAAUCUUCCUCAGUGAGGUAAAAGUCAACUUCUAUUCCCUCUCUCUCUGUCUCUCUGUCUCUCGUGCACACAACUUUUGGAACCACCGAGAAAAUUAGAAAGAUUGUCUCGCAAGUCACAAAAUUCCAAAGUUGACAAUGAGAGGAAAUCCAAGUUCACCAAACCAAAUCCUAAACCAAGAUCUUGUGGAGGAUCAAUCAUUUGAGCUGGAAGAUUGGCUUCCAAUCACCGCAUCACGAAAUGCCAAUUGGUACUAUUCGGCUUUCCACAACGUCACUGCCAUAGUUGGUGCUGGAGUUCUUGGUCUUCCUUACGCCAUGUCAGAACUUGGAUGGGGACCUGGAGUUGUGGUGUUGAUCCUGUCAUGGGUCAUAACGUUGUACACAUUCUGGCAAAUGAUUGAGAUGCACGAAAUGUUUAAAGGGAAACGGUUUGAUAGGUACCAUGAGCUGGGCCAAGCAGCCUUUGGCGAAAAGCUUGGUUUGUACAUCAUAGUGCCGCUACAACUUCUUGUUGAAAUCAGUGCUUGCAUAGUCUAUAUGGUGACAGGAGGUGAAUCGUUGAAAAAUAUUCAUCGAAUUUCUGUGGGAGAACACGAGUGCAGAAAGUUGAAAGUCGUACACUUCAUUUUGAUCUUUGCCUCUUCACAACUUGUGCUUUCUCUUCUAGAAAAUUUCAACUCCAUUUCUGGUGUCUCUUUGGUAGCUGCCGUCAUGUCUAUGAGCUAUUCCACAAUUGCUUGGAUAGCUUCACUGACAAAGGGUGUCGUGGAGAAUGUAGAAUACGGAUAUAAAAAGAAAAACAAUACCUCAGUGCAAUUAGGCUUCUUAGGUGCAUUGGGGGAGAUGGCUUUUGCAUAUGCAGGUCACAACGUUGUUUUAGAAAUUCAAGCAACGAUUCCAUCAACGCCAGAAAAUCCAUCAAAACGACCCAUGUGGAAGGGAGCCAUCGUAGCCUACAUUAUUGUAGCUUUCUGUUACUUCCCUGUGGCUCUUGUAGGGUUUUGGAUAUUUGGAAACAACGUUGCAGACAACAUUCUCAAAUCGCUCCGGGAUCCCACCGGACUUAUGAUUGUGGCCAACAUGUUUGUGGUUAUACAUCUCAUGGGAAGCUACCAGGUGUACGCAAUGCCCGUGUUUGAUAUGAUCGAAUCUGUAAUGAUAAAGAAAUGGCACUUCAAUCCAACAAGAGUUCUACGGUAUACCAUCCGCUGGACUUUUGUGGCCGCCACGAUGGGGAUAGCAGUCGCUCUACCAUAUUUCAGUGCUUUGCUGUCAUUUUUUGGAGGAUUCGUAUUUGCCCCGACCACAUACUUUAUCCCUUGCAUCAUAUGGUUGAUAUUGAAAAAACCAAAGAGAUUUGGUCUGUCAUGGUGUAUCAAUUGGAUUUGCAUCAUUCUUGGGGUUCUAGUGAUGAUUAUAGCACCUAUUGGGGGACUCGCCAAACUAAUACAUACUUUAAAGAAUCCCGACUCCAGUUGUAUGCGAAGGAAAAGAUUAGUUUGAUGGAUUGUGUAAUCAUGGCUUGAUGGAUUGUGUAAUCAUGGCUUCACUAUAACAAACUCGAGUGUGAUUCUGUUGCGUAAUGAAACAAAUGUAUGCGAAGGAAAAGAAACAUAAUAAAUAAUUCUGAUUUCUCCCGGUUUGGUUAAUCGGUCCGGUUUUGCCUUUGGUUUUUGAGAUUCACAGGUCGUAAUUGUUAAUGUUCAGUCAUAGAGAAAGCUGUUGCAUUUGAAUCCAACUUUCAUAUUUUACAACAAAUCUCUGAUUCAUGUAUCUCUGUCAGA